AUGCCUGAUCCGGGAUGCUGUUUUCCAAUGCUAUGUUAUGUAUACCUACAGGUGAUGUUUGAAUCGACUGUUGAAGACUAUCUCAACGAUACCGCGUAUACAGAGUGGUCUAUUCUUUCGAUUUUAGAGCACGUGGAACGCAAGAAGAAAAUCUAUGUUGAUGAUGUUGAAGACCUCAAAAAAGCUAUCUAUAACACGCUGCAACACUAUAAAUUCAAACGUUUCUUGAGACACCUCGUAAUAAAGGAAGAAGAGGAAAACUUGCGAAUUUCAGUGCAACAAAAUAUGACAGCCACAUACACUGUUGAAGCACUUAAAGACCACCGCCGUAAUAAGGAUGCACAGAGGCAGCUGCAGUUGGAAGACCAUAUGGAAACAUUGAAGAGUGCCUCGUUGCAAAAUGCUCUGGACGACGCCAAUAUGUUAGAUGAGAACAUUCGAAUAUCAGAAAGAAAAAGACGAGGAGAGGAACUGCCUUCAACGCCACCAAAUAAGGUCAGAACCAUCGACACGGAUGCUUUUCAACAAGAGCAAAAUUCAUCCUAUAAUGGAGAGUCUGACUCCGACUCCGACUCCGAAGUCGUGAAAAGCAUUCCACUUCCGAAUGUAUUCAUAGAUGUUUCUUCUUCUCAGCAACAAACAUCGGCCGUUCUCGUUGAAUCUGUUGAUAUGGAUGAAGUUAAUACUGAUUCAAGCCUAUCCUUGGUGUCAGGAAAGGACAAGAAGCAAAAAACAACCAGAAAAUAUAUUAGGAAUGACUUAGCGAACGAAGUCUUAAACUCGUAUAAGACACGAGUCUUGCCGGCAGAUCAAAUUCAGGAUUAUGAAACCACAGCUGUCUAUUUUGCAGACAAGCGAUAUAUUGACAAGUUUAUAGUGGAUUGUGAAGAAGAAGUAUUGGACUUCUUGAAUAAGUUUCAAGAAAUAGAGGAUUUAGAAUCUUUGGCAAGAUGUUUGAACGAAAAUGCGAUUGAUAUGUCCGUUGCAUCUAAUGAUCUUAUUUUUGUGCGAAAUCUUUUUGAUCAUUUCUAUUUCUUAUUCAAAAACGAUACCCUACUUCAACCAAUGUCCGAACACGAGUUCAGUGUAUAUGUAUGGACCCCGUUGAUCAGGAAUGCCUUUCUUGGAAAAGAUGAUUUAAAGCUACGUUGUGGGGAGUUGGCAUCUAAGUCAUAUGAGAAACUUAAAGAGAUGCUAAAUGUUGCUAGCUGUGGUGGUCCGAAGCUAGACGGGAAGGGUUUUCUUAAAUCUUUAGGGACUGAAAUUUUAGUCCAGGAGGAUGGUAUUUUAAAUACUUACAGCAAAAGGACAGGGGACCUCCAGAAACUUGAGUACUGUUCUAAAGUUAUUCUCACAGCCUUGUUCUUUGCAUUACCCUCAGCCACCAAAGACAAUAUCACAAACAUUGAAACAUACACCCUACAAUCUAAUGGAUUUCACCUCAAAAUUUCUGCAUCAAAAUAUUUAUUUGAAAAUACCAUCAUCACGAUGGAUUUACAGCAUGUGGAAAUACCGAGAACAGUGGAGGGGUUUUCGAAGUUGGUGGUGGGUGCUAAAACCAUUCUAUCUUGGAAGGCGCGGACCAGAAAAAACACCAUGCGAUUUUACGAAGCAUUGAAUAAUGGGCACAAACGUUUGAUUAACGGAGUCUUUUUUUCACCAGUUAAGCUAUCUGUAUAA